AUAAGACAAUUCUUUCAUGAAAUUGAGGGAAGAGUGCUUUAGGCGAGACGGAGGAGUAAAUGUAAGAGAGAAACUCUGGAGCUCAUUUAUCAAAAUGUUUAUUUAAUUUGAUCUUUGACUACAACUACAAAGGAUCUCGAUCUGGAUAAAUUUGUCCAAAACAACAGCACUAGGCACCGCCUUGAAUGGUUGGCGGAGUGCGUGUACCACAUUUUUGGCAUUCUAUUGAAAUUCGAAACCAGAGCAAAAAAAUUCAAAGCCUCUAAACAAUUAAUUUAGAGCUUGCACCAACUUCCCAAUGGAAUCUGAAUCCACUAGUUCAUCUCCACCAAUCCCCGGGAAGCCUUCUGAUGCUGAAGCUCCCAAGGCAAUUGCUUCCCAGAAAGAUAAUUCUGCCCAGGAUACAUCCAAGUCACCUGCAUCAGCCAUAUCAUCUUGGGCGAAAACCUUGAACUUUCCACAGCCUGUAGCACCUGGGCAGAAGGGGUCAGCGUUUGGAGAUGCUGGGGCAUCUAGCUUCUCACGUUUUGCUACUGGACUUGGUUUGCCAUUCACUUCAAAAGCUUCCGAGGCAAAUGAUGGCGCUGGGGGCAGCUCAUUGACCGGGCAAUCUGGUGUAUUUGAAUCAAUCACUAAAGGGCUAAUUGACACAUCUCUGAAUGCUGUGAAGGCUGUGCAAGUUAAGGCACGGCAUGCAGUAUCUCAAAACAAGCGAAGAUACCAGGAGGGUGGAUUUGAUUUGGAUAUGACUUACAUAACAGAGAAUAUCAUAGCUAUGGGUUUUCCUGCAGGCGACAUGAGCUCGGGUUUCUUUGGAUAUGUUGAGGGGUUCUAUCGAAAUCACAUGGAGGAAGUGAUCAAAUUUUUCGAGACUCAUCAUCAGGGAAAGUACAAAGUUUACAAUCUUUGUUCAGAGAGAUUGUACGAUGCUUCACUAUUUGGGGGAAAGGUUGCAUCUUUUCCAUUUGAUGACCACAACUGCCCGCCAAUUCAUCUUAUUAAACUGUUUUGCCUAAGUGCAUAUGCGUGGUUGAAGGAGGACAUUCUAAAUGUGGUAGUUGUACACUGUAAAGCUGGAAUGGCGAGAACAGGACUUAUGAUUUGUAGCCUCCUUAUGUUCUUGAAGUUUUUCCCAACAGCCGAGGAAUGCAUCAACUAUUAUAACCAAAAGAGAUGCAUAGAUGGGAAGGCUCUUAUUCUUCCAAGUCAGAUUAGGUAUGUAAAAUAUUUUGAGCGCAUCUUGACUCAAUUUGGUGGUGAAGCUCCGCCUGGACGUAGGUGCAUGCUGAGAGGAUUUCGAUUCCACAAAUGUCCAUCCUGGAUAAGGCCUUCAAUUACUAUAUCUAGUCACAGUGGCAUCCUAUUCUCAACAAAAAAGCAUCCAAAGACUAAGGACCUUAUGCCUGAAGAUUUUUGGAUACGAACACAGAGAAAAGGAAUUAUGGUUUUUGCUCUACCAGGUGAACCUGGUCUAACUGAGUUGGCUGGCGACUUCAAGAUCUAUUUUCAUGAUCGCCAAGGAGAUUUCUACUGCUGGUUAAACACGUCAAUGAUGGAAAACAGACUGAUUUUAGAUGCCUCAGAAUUGGAUGGCUUUGAUAAGAGGAAACUACCAUCUCCAGGAUUCCAAGUUGAGAUUGUGAUGGUGGAUUAUGAUGGAAGUGUUCCAGUAAAGUCCAAGGCUGAUGGUGCUGCCAAAGGAAAGGACCCGAGACAAAGAAACGUUUCUUCAUCCAGUGAAGGAACUAAAGCUAAUUUGAACAAGAACAAGGUAUCCGGGGGCCAAAAUCGUGGUGAUGAUGUAUUUUCAGAUAGUGAAGGGGAGGAAGGUACACCUUCGAGUACAAGAAGUCAGACAAGCACUUCACAAACUGCUGCUGCAAGUGUUGAUUCUAGCUCCCAAAAGGAGCAGAUAGCCAAUCUAACACGUAAUGCCGAACAACUUUCUCUUAGGACAAGCGAGCCUAAAACUGAUGCAAGUGAGAUCAAGAGUGAAACAGUUGAGAGAGCUGCCCUUCCCAAUCUCGGCUCAAGUGAUAUAAAGGCCAUUGCAGCAGAUGCAUCUGUGUUCAGUUUUGGAGACGAUGAAGAUUAUGAAAGUGAAUAAGCCACAAAAUUUAUUUUAUCCUUGUUUCAAAAUCCACUCUAGAUCCAUUGGAGAGUCCUAAUCUUUAUUUUCUCAUAAAGAUAGUAGUAAUUAUUUUGUUCGAGUUGGAGAAUUCGGCAUCUCUUUUGGCAGAGUUCAUUCUUUAGUUUUCAAUCGCCUUUAAGUGAAUCUCACAGUGAUUUGAACCUGCAA